AUGGAUGUGGCCGUUGGAUCAUCACAAAUUUUGAUAGAAAUGAGAUUCAUGGCACACCUCAUCCUCCGCCUACGCCUCCAGUUCCUCAAAAUCUCCAAGUUGCAAAUAAGGAAUACCCAAUAUAAAAUCUCAAAGUUCCUCAUCAUCCUCUUCAUGCUCCACUUGAUCAAACUAGUUCAGGGUAGCGGCUCUGCCCAGGCCCAAGGCCCUGCCCCGGGCUCCUUCGCCUCCUCCUGUGAUUUUGCCUUCGCUGCCACUGCCUCCUCCGGUGGUGCUGCGUCUGCCCCGGCCUCCGGCUUCGGCAAUGCUGCCUCUGCCCCUAGCUCCAACUCUAACGGUGCUACGUUUGCCCUCGGCUCCGGCUCCAGCAGUGCUGCCUUUGCCCUUGGCUUCAGCUCCAGCGGCGCUGCUUCUGCCCUUGGCUCCAACUCCGGUAAUGCUGCACUUGCCCUUGGCUCCGGCUCCGGCGGUGCUGCCUCUGUCCCUAGCUCCAGCUCCGACGGUGCUGCGUCUACCCCUAACUCCAGCUCCGGCUCCGGCACAAGCUCAGGUAGGCCCCAAUUCAACUCCCAGGGUAGCUGCUCCACCCUGGCCCAGGCCCCUUCCCCCUCCUCCUUCACCUCCUCCGGCGGUUCUUCCUUCACCACCGUUGCUUUCUUCGGCGGUGUUGCGUUUGCCCCUGGCUCUGGCUCCGGCGGUACUGCCUCUGCCCCUAGCUCUAGCUCCGGUAGUGCUAUGUCUGCCCUUGGCUCCGGCUCCAACAGUGCUGCCUCUGCCCCUAGCUACGACUCAGGCGGUGCUACCUUAGCCCAUAGCUUUAGCUCUGGUGGUGUUGCAUCGGCCCCUAGCUCCAGCUCCAGCGGUGCUGCCUCUGUCCCUGGGUCCGGCUCCGGUGGUGCUGCCUCUGUCCCUAGCUCUAGCUUCGACGAUGCUACCUCUGCCCCUAGCUCCAGCUCUGGCAGUGCGGCGGUGCUACGUCUGCCUCUGUCUCUGGCUCCGACUGUGCUGCGUCUGCCCCUAUCUCCGGCAUAG